AUGCUUCGAAUCAGGUUCAGAGAAUAUUUUGAAUUUCGAGAAAGAAUAUCGCUGGUGUCAACCUACGUACAACUGUGUACUGACAUUGCAGAAGAAGCUGAGGCAAGUUCACUAUUACUGAGAGACUGCAGAAAGAUAUCGGAUGUCUGUGAGCCACUAGUAGAUGUAAAUGAGGGUGAAGAAUGGCGUCCAAGAUUAAAUGUUUUCAAGUCAUUUUCAGACAGCAUUGAAAAACUAAGACAGUUAAAAAGAUUGCAAAAUGUCAAUAUAUUCAAGGGAAUAUGGAAUCAAGAAGGAAAAAUCCUAAAAAAGGAAUAUGGGCGUAAAUUGUCAGUAGACGAAGUUUUUAACCAUCUAUGGCGAAACGUUGUUGAAGACUUCUGGGAGCCAACAGUUGAUGGACUAAAAAAAGGAAAGAUUGAAUACCAGACCAUACAACGCUAUUUUGGAGUUUAUAGUAUUUCAGAAAUACAAAAAAUGCUAGAGAGCAUUCCCAACCAUGAUGAAAAUGAUAGAGGUUGGAUUUCCGAACGUUUGAAACAGAUAGAAGAUCAUCGUUUUCUUGAAAGAUCUCUGGCUGCUGCCGAGGCUAUUUCAUCUCUUGUUAAAACUUAUAAGCUUCAAGGAGAUUUUACUUCUGUGCAAAACAUUAUACAGAAAGUAAGUUUUAAAGGGUUAUGGAUGAUGUCUAUUGAAAAGAACAUGCAGGUAGUAGAAGAGUCUUUGAAAAACAUUUGUACAGAUUUUCAGAGUAUUGACGACAGGAAACUGGAUUGCUUACAAGCUUUCAUCGAAUGUAACCAACUUGUUUUUUGGAUAAAAAAGUCAAUGAAAGAUGUAAAAGAACUGAAGGUGUUUGUAGAUCUGGCAAGUAUAUCUGCUGGAGAAGGAGAUAUGGAAGUCGCAAAAGUCAAAUGUCUCCACGCUGCAACAACUGGAUAUGCUCCCUUAAUAUUCAAUUUGGAAAAGAUUAAUGAUUAUGAUUUACUUUUUAAGUUCUGUGCAGAGGUAUGGAAAGAAAUGGACGCAGACAUGACGCUACCUGAAAAACUGAGGGGUACGAACAAACAUUUUGAAUGGCUUGAGAGUGUUAAAAAGGCACAGGGGGCAGUCGAAAUUACAUCAAUGAAGCAGGUUGAAGAUAUCAACGAGAGAGGAACAUACGUCAUAGGAAGGAUAAACGAGAAUGCGCAUGCUAAAAUUUUGAAAAUUGACGAUGUUCUUGAACUUCAUAUAACUAAAGAGGAUGGAAAUAAAGAAUUGUUGUCUUUCAAAGAACUACAAGAACUCCAGGGAAAACUAAUGCUUGUUGCCGGUAAAGCAGAGCAUGGAAAAGAUGAAGUCGAACGAUUUAUUAUGAUACUGGACUCCGCAAUAAGGUUAAGUCGUGUGUAUAUCUCCCUACUAGCAGCUGGUUGCGUUUUAUUCACAAACUGGAAAGCUACAUUUUUUUGUGAUCCGAGGUGUCAUGUCUGUGCAAUUAUUCAGUUCGAAAAUGCAGAACAAGGUCAGCAAAGAGGUCGUAGAAAUCAAAAGGAGGAUGUUAGCACGGUAAUUCCAAAGCUAGCUAAUUUUAUGGAGAAAUGUCUUGAGGACUGGUUACAGUACAUUGCUGAGAAAAGAGAAAAAUAUAGACAGCUGAAUUUUUUCACCAUUGACCAGUUGGUUUUUCUUCAAAAAGAAUUGGUUCGGAGUGGCACAGAAAAAACUGUUUCCAACUUAAUAUAUCCGCUUUUGUCAAUUAUUAAAAACAAUUGCUCACCAGCAGACGUGAUUGAGGCAAUGAAAAAGGCAAAGGCAGAAGUCAGAAAGAAGGGAGUAAAAGAUAUCAAGACGACAGAAGAUGAAAAGAAAAGAAAAUUUAUAGAGAAGAUGACAAAAAUCGGUUUCCAUGAAGAUCUCGCAUUAGAGGCUCUUGAUAAGGGUGGAAUUAGACCUACUGACGAAGCCGAAGGAAUCAAAUGGUGCUUGCAAAACAGAAGACGAUUUGAAAUCAAAUUAAGAAAGAAAGAGAAUGACAUUACAUGGAUUGAACCAUCAAAAUCCACUAUGAAUGACAUGAUUUAUAGUUCAUUCGAUGGAGGAGAACGAGAGUCCGCUUUUGAACCGCUUCUCCAUAACCUGGGACUUUUAUGGGAAAAAUACGUCCAGUCUGUCUCAUCCGGAAUGGUAGACUGUCUCAGUGUGAGUCAUCUUGGAAUGAUUCUACAACACCUUGCAGAUGCCGAAACUAAAAAAGUGAAUAGGAAAAUGCCAUCAAGUUUCCUUCAGGGUGUCCCAAAUCUAUUACUGUGCAGGAAAGAGGCACUUUUAUACACGGUUCUUGCCAUUUACAACGAUGACGAGAAUAUUGAAUCGCCAUUACCUCUGCCAGAAGAAGUUCUUCUUUGUACAUCGCAAACAACAAAAGAGGAGAUAGAUAUCUUUUUGCGUCGGUCAUUGUAUGAUUCAAGAGGAAAAAUUUAUUGUCUGGUGAAUGCUGACUGUUUGAGUUAUGAAGUAGCAGAUCACAGUGAACAUCGUCUAGAACAUCACAUCAAAAAAGCCCAGAAUAAAUUUUAUAAUUUAAUCAUCGUAUGCGAUGUUGAACGUGAGUUCCAGUCGAGGAUAGUUGCAGCACUAGAUAAGCACAAACGUUCUGGUUUACCUGUAGACGUUGGAAAAAUAAGGUCGAUGUUGAAGGAAAAGUUGAAAAAUGAAAGUGAAAAUGUGGCUGCAUUUGCUGAUUGGGAAAGGUCUACUGUCCGAGUUAUAAAAUCUUGGCGUGCAGGAGUCGGAAAAACACUGUUCAAAAAAAGAGUUGCAGAAGAUGUGGAAAGAAUGCAUUGUUCACAAGAAAAUAAUGCAGUGAUAUCAAUUUCAUUUCAUGAGAGAGAUUUCAAAGUUGAUGACGUAAUGAAGAAGUUGCUUGACAAUACUUUGCCACCCGAAAGAAUCGAACCGCGACUUAUUCAUAUUGAUUUUUCGCAUGAGGUGGAGAAUGGUCUUGAUUUCUUCCUUUUCCAAUUACUAGUUAUUGGUUGUUUAACGAAUAGCUACGGACUUGUUUGGCGUAAAAAAGAUUUUGACAUGUACGUUAUAGAAACAAUGCCAAUCCGCACUGGAGAAACAGAUGAAAAGACGCAAACAGUAGAGUGUAGACAUUCCUGCUUCAAUAUCUUACCUGAUGCCAUUUGUAGGUCUCCGUUGGAGAGUUUGAAGAUUUUGGAGAGGAACAUUCCAGAUUUCAGAGAAAGGGGUAUUCUCUUUGAUCAAAGGGAAUUUGAAAGCGAAUAUUUUCAAAGGCCUUUCCAGUACCUGUCUCAGCAUGAUGUAAAUGUACAGAGGGUCAACGGAACUCCGAAAGAAUGUUUGGAAACCUUACUUCAGCAUUGUGGAAUACAGGAUCCCUCUUGGGCUGAACUUCGUAAUUUUGUUUGGUUUCUUAAUACUCAACUUAAAGAUUAUGAAAAUUCAGUUUUCAUCUCUUUUUCUGAUGAGGAAACGCUUCCAGAUUUCCCAAAGUUUGUUCUUCAGUUCCUUAUUCAGAUGUCAAGAGAUUUCUCAACACGGUCAUUGCAAAUGAGUGAGGAAGGUACGGAUAAUCAAAGUGCGCAUGGACAUUCAUUCACUAGUGAGGAAGAAAAUGCGGUUCUCAGGCAGUAUCAAAUGAAGAGAACGUGGGAAAGCAGUCCACAUCCAUACCUUUUCUUUAAUGCUGAUCACACAUCGAUGACGUUUGUCGGAUUCAAUGUAAACAGAUUCUCAGGAGAUAUCUUGGACCAUCGAACUGACAAGGUUUUAUCGGAAGUCAAAAUGCCUUAUGAUCUGUAUAGAGCUCUCGAGAGAAAUUGUGUUGAUUUGAACGAAGAUUUUGAUAAACUGCAAAGAAUGGAAAAAAUAAAGAAAUUAUACAGUGUAAUGGGUAUUGAUAUUCAGUCAGAGGAAGACAACAGCGAAUAUGACCCGGACCCUACGUAUGAAUUGACAACUGACAACGUUAAGAAAAUCCUUGCUGUCUACAUGCGAUUCAGGUCCGAUAUCCCCGUUGUAAUCAUGGGUGAAACUGGAUGUGGGAAAACUCGACUUGUUAAGUUUCUUUGUGAUAUUGGAUUGAAACGAAAGCCAAAGAAAGAGAAGUGUUCUGAAGAUACCAACAAAACCAACAUGAUCAUUAUGAAGGUUCACGGAGGAACAACAUCUAAUGAUAUUAAAAGAAAAGUAGUAGAGGCUGAAAUUUUGACUGAAAAAAAUAUCGAGAUUUACGGAGAUAAUAUGUUCACAGUUCUUUUCCUUGAUGAAGCGAACACAACUGAAGCAAUAGGAACUAUUAAAGAGAUAAUGUGUGACAGAACAAUCGGAGGAGAACCACUCAGACUUGGGCGAUCUCUGAAAAUCGUUGCUGCUUGUAACCCAUACAAAAGGCAUUCUGACGAACUAAUAAAAAAACUGGAGCAAGCUGGUUUAGGAUAUCAUGUUGAUGCAGACAAGACAACAGAUAGAAUAGGUCGACUUCCCAUGCGUCGAUUGGUUUACCGAGUUCAACCCUUACCCCAGAGUAUGAUACCAUUAGUUUGGGAUUUUGGUCAACUUAGCCCAGACGUGGAAAAACUUUAUAUCAGGCAGAUGGUGAUUCGAUAUAUUAAUCAAAACAAACUUCCAGUUGGCUUAGAAGAUGUUGUAAGCAGUGUUCUGACAGCUUCGCAAGUGUUUAUGCGAGAAGAAAAGGACCAGUGCAGCUUUGUAAGUCUUAGGGAUGUAGAACGUGUGCUUGAUGUGAUGGCCUGGUUUUAUUCCCAAAGUCAAACUGAGGAAGAUAUAUUUCGCUUUAAAACGAACGAAUUUGAUUCUGAUUCCAAAACAGACAGCAAUGAUGACAUUGAAUUCAAGGUAGGGAGGAAAAAACACAUCUUGUUUCAUAUGAUUAUUUUCCAGCCUCUCAACCCAGAAACACUUUCUCUGAUAAUGGCGAUCGGCGUUUGCUAUCAUGCAUGCUUAAUGGAUCGAAAGUCGUACAGAGACUAUGUCAGUGAAAGUUUUCAAGAGCCAUGUCAAUUAUCUGGUGGACCAGACAGGAUACUGCAUGAAAUAAACAGAUGUCAAACAAUAUUGCUGGGAAACAUUGACCUUGGAAAAAAUAUUGCAAAGAACCAGGCGCUUCAAGAAAACCUUUUUAUGAUGGUUAUCAGCAUUGAAUUGAGAAUUCCACUUUUCCUUGUUGGUAAACCUGGAAGUUCUAAAUCAAUGGCAAAGACAAUUGUAGCUGAUGCAAUGCAGGGAACGUCGGCUCAUUCGCCCUUCUUCAAAAAAUUUAAGCAGGCGCAGAUGGUCUCGUUUCAAUGCAGUCCUUUGUCUGUACCAGAAGGAAUUGUAGGUACUUUCCGUCAGUGUGCCAUGUACCAGAAAGACAAGGAUCUCAACCGAUUUGUGUCUGUUGUUGUUCUUGACGAAGUUGGACUAGCAGAAGAUUCUUCAAAAAUGCCACUCAAGGCGCUUCAUUCAUUAUUGGAAGAUGGUUGUCAAGACGAUGAUACAAUAGAAAUGUAUCGCAAGGUAGCGUUCAUUGGAAUAUCGAACUGGGCGCUAGAUCCUGCCAAAAUGAAUCGCGGGCUUCUUGUUCAGAGGGAUGUACCUGACAAAAAAGAACUUAUCGAAAGUGCCAAGGGAAUUAUGAAAACGGACCAAUCAAUCAAAUUUCAAGUCAUACAGACGCUUUUGCAACCACUGGCUGACUCAUAUUUGCAAGUUUUCGAGCACUUUCACACAAAACGUGAAUUCUUCGGACUACGCGAUUUUUACAGCUUAAUCAAAAUGCUAUACGGGUAUUGUGCUAAAAAAGACCCGACUUGGUACAUUCUUCAACACUGCGUUCUAAGGAAUUUCAGCGGAUUUGAUAUAAGUGAGAGGACACCAUGGGGGAUAUUUGAGGCUAAUCUUCAACCUCUCUUCGAUGAUUCUUCAAAACAGGUUGAUGAUCCUGAUUGUUCUCCUGCAGGUUUAAUUGAGGCAUGUUUAAGAGGAGACCAGUUCGACAGCGAUACCCGAUAUCUUCUUUUGCUGACUGAGAGUUAUGGUGCUUUGUGGAUUCUUCAACAGAAGCUUUUAACCAUUCAAAAUGCUACAACUAUCUUUGGAAGCAAUUUUCCAAGUGAUCAAGAAUACACACAGGUUUGUCGUAACAUCAACAAAAUUAAAGUUUGCAUGGAAGCUGGGACUACAGUUGUUCUCUUGAAUCUUGAGAAUCUCUACGAAAGUUUGUAUGAUGCACUUAAUCAGUGUUAUGUAUAUUUCGGUGGAGAGAGAUAUGUCGAUCUUGGUCUUGGUUCGCAUAGAGUUAAAUGCAGAGUCCAUAAAGAUUUUAGACUCAUUGUUGUUGCUGAGAAGGAUACUGUGUACAGACAAUUCCCUAUACCUCUAAUCAACAGAUUAGAGAAACAUUUCUUGAACAUAUCAACGUUACU